AUGGCGGGCUGGAAGGUGGCGGUUUUAUGUCUGUGGGUCUCCUGCGGCUCUGCCGCCGGACAGCUGGAAUACUCAGUGUUGGAGGAGACCGAGCGGGGCGUAGCCGUAGGCAAUGUUUCCGCGGACUUGGGGCUGUCAGCGGCCGCUCUGUCCUUGAGGAACUUUCGCUUCCUUUCCGGCCACCGCGAGCCCUACUUCGGGGUGGAUCUGGCCAGCGGUGGCUUGGUGGUCCUAGAGCCGGCGGACCGCGAACGGCUGUGCGAGACCAAAGCUGUCUGCGUCUUGACCUAUGAGCUGGUGCUCGAGGACCCGCUGGAGCUACACACGAUGCGAGUUCACGUCGUGGACACCAACGACAACUCGCCUUUCUUCCCUGCCGGCGACGUGCAGCUGCACAUCCCCGAGUUCCUGAUGCCGGGAGCCCGCUUUACUCUCCCUAAUGCCCAAGAUGUUGACGAGGGAAGCAACGGGGUCCUAAGCUACAGUCUGAGCCCCAGCCAGCACUUUCGCCUGAUCAUGGGAUCGCAGGUGGACGGCAGUGAAUACCCGGAGUUGGUAUUAGCGAAAGCGCUGGAUCGGGAGCAGCGCGCCACCCACCAGCUGGUGCUCAGCGCUAGGGACGGCGGGCAGCCCGCGCGCUCCGGAGACGCACGAGUUACCAUCAUAGUGGUGGACACAAACGACAAUGCGCCUGUAUUUGAGCGCACAGUGUACCGCGCCAAGGUACCAGAGACUGCACCGAACGGGACUGUGUUACUACGAGUUCAGGCCUCGGACCCGGAUGAAGGCUCCAGUGGGGAAAUCCGGUACUCCUUAAGCAACAGCACGCGAGCAGCGCUGCGACACCACUUUUACGUGCACCCUGGAACUGGGGAGGUGCGGGUAGCUGCUUCACUAGGUCCACCUGAAACGUUGUUGGAGGCGUACAUUGAGGCGAGGGAUGAGGGCACCUUCGGUUUAGCUAGUACUGUCAAACUGCUGGUGGAAGUGACGGAUGUGAAUGAUCAUGCCCCCGAGGUGAAUCUCCUGACUCUGUCCAGUUCAGUUUCUGAGGACGCUGCCCCUGGCACAGUGAUUGCUCUCCUCAGUCUCAGGGAUGAGGAUCUCGGUCCCAACGGUAAGGUCGUUUGUAGCAUGUCCAGUGGAGGCCCUUUUAAGCUGAAGGCUUCCUUUGACAACUACUACAGCUUGCUGACUGAUGGGCCGCUGGACCGGGAGCAGGUCAGCGAAUACCAGGUCCUGAUCACUGCCUCAGAUGGUGGCUCACCCCCCUUGAGCACCCGCAAGACACUGACUGUGUCUGUUGCUGAUGUGAAUGACAAUUCACCAAGCUUUGCUCAACCACAACAGGAACUUUUUGUGGCUGAAAACAAUGGUCCUGGGGCCUCUCUAGGCUGUGUGUUUGCCCAGGAUCCCGACCUGGGGAAGAAUGGCCUUGUCUUCUAUGAGCUGUUGGAUAUUAUCUCUGAAAGGCAGACAGCCUCUAGCUUGGUGGCAGUAGAAUCAUCCAGCGGGGCUAUCACUGCCAAAACGUCCUUUGACUUUGAGCAGCUCAGGGGGUUUCACUUCCAAGUGGAAGCCCGGGAUGGUGGCAUUCCUCCCAGGAGUGCAACAGUGACUGUGAACUUGUUUGUGGUAGAUAGGAAUGACAAUGCUCCAGUCAUCUUGGUUCCCGUGCCCAGAAAUGGCUCCAUUCCAGUGGAAAUUGUGCCCCGCUCUGCCAGAAGUGGACACUUGGUCACAAAAGUGGUAGCAGAGGAUGCAGACAGUGGCUCUAAUGCUUGGCUUUCCUACCAUAUUUCUCAGGCUACUGACUCCAGCCUUUUCAGAAUUUCAGCCAGUAUGGGAGAGCUCCGAACUGCCCGAUUAAUUCUUCCCAGUGAUGCGGUUAAACAGAGGAUGGUGGUCGUGGUUCGGGACCAGGGAGACCCAUCACUUUCCUCUUCUGUCACAUUGGGUGUACUGUUGAGCAACUCUGCCCCUCAGGUCCUUCCAGACUUUGAAGAUACCUGGGAAACAGGAGGCCACCUUUCUACCCAGAACCUGUACUUAGUAAUUGCUCUGGCCUGUAUUUCCUUUUUAUUUCUGGGGUGGUUACUUUUCUUUUUGUGCAUCAAGGUGAACCAGAGCCCAGUUUGCUGUUCUCAAAGGUGCUGUCGCUCCCCAGAGGAACUGAGGUAUGCGAGGAAGAUGGCUUCGAGUCCUUGUAUGUUAUCAGCCACAGUAGACGUCACUACAGUUGAGAGACUUUCUCAGACCUAUCUCUAUCAGGCCUCUCUAGGACUUGGUUCUGAUAAUAACAGUUUGCUGUUGCGUGGGGAAUACAGUACUGCUGACCUAAGAAAUCUGGCUACGGGGGUAGGAUUGAAUUUGCCAAUAUCCUGCAUUCAUAUUCGGAAUAGGAAAGGGGAUCACAUAAAUGUCAAUGCCAUGGUAAGCAAAUUUUUGGAGAUUUGA